AUGGGUCGUAAAUUAGAAGUUAGAGCAUAAGAAAACAUAUAUAUUGUGAGGUAAUGUAUUGAAGAAGACCUUCAUUUAUUUCUGAAAGCCUUAAUCAAAAUCACAGAAAUAUAACAAUCAAGGAUAUAAACGAUGUUAAAUGAGGAUUUAGAUAAAAAGAGCAUUAUGACUAAAUGGGUGACUUAUCACUUUAAUGAGAAUAAUAUCUAAAAUAAGAUAUAAUAAACUCAAAUAAUUCUGAAUACAAUAUAAGAAAAUAUCUUUGCAAUAGACGGAAAAUGGAUUUAUAUGGAUCCAUUAUCACCAAAAUAAAAUUAACAACAAUCGGUUGAUAAAAAUAAUAAGAAUUUUGUCUAAUAAACAAUUUUUAAAAGAAUUAUUACAGCAAAAAAACACCUAUUAAUUUUGGCUAUGACUUACUAUGGAGAAUAUUUCUAUUUUAUUCUCGAUUAGUAUUUGACUAUUGACUCAGAAAGAAUUUAAUAUAUUCCUUAACAUCCUUAUUCUCCUGAUAUAGAUAGGUUCAUCUUCAGGAAUCUAGAAUUUGAAAGGAGAAAUAUUACCUUUAUUGAUAAAGCUCAUAUUUUUUAAUAUGUAUCUGAGGUUUUAGAAGAACAUAAUAAUGACAAAUUAUAAAAGGAAUUGAAAUUUUUUUUGGGCCGCCCUGUAUAAACUAAAAUGAUUAAAAAUCUUUGA